AUGUCAACAAACAACGAUCAGGCCGAUGCGUCAAGCAGCAGCAUCGAGGUCGAUAGACCGACCCGGCAGUGGGGACCACGAGGUCCGCAAGAGUAUAGAUGGGGACUGUACUGGUACAACAGAAGAGAUGACAACGAACCACUGGUAUGGGCGGAGCUGACGUCGUAUCCCAGAUUCGACGAUCCCAUUCCCGUCCACGCCUCCCUGCAGGAAAUCUGCGAGAGAUACCCCAACCACAUCCGCGGCAGUUAUCUGGAGGCCUUCAUCCAGUGGCGCUGGUCGGCCAACGACAUAUGGAAGCACAUCACGGAACAUGCCAAAGCAGAGUUUCGUUCCCACGGCGUGGCAAAGGCCCGUACUGCGUGCAACAAAAACAACUUCCUGUUCAAGCGAAUGGCGGCCCAAGUGCGCCGGAUGAGCAUGGACAAGUACAGAGCUCUUAUGCAAGCCCCAAAGCUUCGACCGGCCAUGAAGGACGGCAGCGAAAAGUACGGCAAGUCGACGAUGCAGCAAAGGUUCCUGCCGGACCUCGGGUUGCAAAAAUGGCAGUCCCCUACCGGAACCAGACAGUCCCCGAGACUUCGCGACCGGUACAGGACCAUGGAGACCAUUGACGAGCUCGCCCAGUCUGCUUUUCCGGCGCCUGAUGAGGCUGUUGAUGGCGGUGCCGCCACCUUGGACAAGCUCGCUGAGCCUGACCCAGAGCUAGACAUCUUCACAAAGUUCAUGGGCCUUCGCUUCAUGGAGCAGAUCUCCUACUGCGAGACCAUCAUCAAAGCCGAUCCAUUCUGUUCUGCGUACAGCAAGGAGCAGCGCCGCCGUUGGGCGCUUUCCAUGCUCAGCAUUCCCGUCAACGCCGCGACCGAGACCUUUUUCAAGCACAAAGCCAUCUGGACCUGCGCGGCGUACUUGCUUUGGGUUGAGAAGAAGAUUGAUGCGGUCAUGGAGCGGAGGGCGGCGGCGACAGAUUCUAGUGCCUUACAGCAGCACAACACGAACAAUCACCAAUCACCAGCGGUCGUUGACAUUGCUGACAAUGGUGCCUCCUCCGACCCCAGGAUCAAUCAGUGGGUCUCGGAGCGCAAGCAUGCCACGAGCGAGAUAAUGGAGGAGCGUCAGACCGUCUCGGAGAUCCUGAAGCAUCACGCCCACCACGUCGGCAAUUGCCAUUGGGUCAACCCUGAAAGCCAUCACUAUGGACUCGUGUUCCACGUCAUCGAUCACGUCUGGAACGCCGUUGGUGAGAUCCCUGCCCUUUCGCCGGGCAAAGGCAUUACUCACAGCCGGGGCAACAACACGGUCGAACAGCACCAGCACCAGCAGGCCAUUGCGCCGGACUGGAGCGUGUCGGAGCAACUGGCCGCGGCGAUGGCCUCUAAAGCUGCGAUAUUCGAGGUCAACGCUGAGCGAGGCGAUCUGUACAACGUCGACAGGGCUGCUCCGGCUGGUCAUCAGGCAGCAACCGUCCAAGGAAGGACGGCCUCCAACUACCCGCCGGAGGUUCCUGCAGAACCCAGCUUGACCCGUCAAGCAACCUCCCAUGCACCUUGCGUGGCACAGACUGGACACUUUUGCGGGUUAUGGCCGAGUCAGCUCAUCGAAAUGGCGCAUGCGGAGCACUUCAGAUCAGAGCCGGUCCAGGACUGGACCGAGAUCACUCCGGACAUGUGGGCGACCGAUGUCGACGGCACCAUGACUGGGAGUUUCGUCAUGAUGGCCCCCACCGAGACCAUACAGCCACGAGGUAUGGAAUUUUUCGAUGACUUCGAUGGACGAAGUGGUCAGACCAUCGAAAUCACACCCAUCCUCGUCGACGGGGUGGCGAUCCUUGAGACGGACCCGGAAUGGUUGCAAGUUUUGGUCCGAGAUCCGUGAAGGAACUAGGAAUCCCUUUUGACACUGAGCCUGUGUGAUUUCCGGUCUCGAGACGAUGUGAAGGAAGGACCAUAUCAGGAGAAGCAUGGCAAAGGUAAAGGAUGAAUUGUCGUGACGGAAAUUUUGGUAUCUGAGAUGUUGAACUCGUGCGAUAGGUCUUCUGGCUCGGCUUGUUUUUCCUUUGACCUUGGAGACGAACACAAAUUGCCAGCGAAUUUUUCGUCCAAGGUGGCGUUGGAGGACGCGAAUGAAGAAUGGGAAGCACGAGGAGGUGGACAGAUCGGCGUGUUCUGUACGUUUUCGAAGAAGUGAC